CAAAUUUUCGUUUAAGAAUUUUUUAGUUAAAAUAUUUAGUUGCUUGUACUUAGAUCGCAAUGAAAUUGUAUUUAAUAACGGCUAUAGGACUGUUUAUGCUUUCAUCGGUUUGUGCUAAAGUCUAUUUACCGGAAUUAUCCAAAAAGCAUGGAUCUCUCUACCAAGGCAUACGUUUACUCAUACAGAGUGAAAAACACAAUGCUGAAAUGACCUGGAAUGAUACACAACGUCAAAUCGAUGAAAAUUCUGGCACCCUACAGAAAGUCCUCGAUUACAUGCACAACUACGAAACGAUAAUCAAUGAAAAACUCAAUCAAAUCAACAGUUUAGAACAAUCCGCUGAAGUCAAAAAGUGUUACAAACAAUACGAACGACAAAUAGCCCGUUUCAAUCGUGAUCUGUUAGAAAAUUAUUUCGUUUGCAAACAGGCUCUCAACACCAGUCUUUCCCAGUUGAAAAAUGAAGUUGUGCAGGAAAUUCAAUAUAUACAUGAUGCUGCUGCGGAGAUACAGGAAUUGGUGUAUGUUUGCAAUGUGACAGAUUUGAAAAGAAUCGAUCGAGAGAGUCAUCAUGCUACUGUGACACUUUGUGUUCUCUCAAAUUUAGGGGAGAUCAAUCAACACAUGCUGGAAGCGGCUCAAGUUAGUUUGAAUAUUUUGGCGCGUUUGAGUAUCUACCAGGAGGAUAAUGAACAGUUUGAGGUAACGCAAGGAAGGUCUACAAAUAUUUGUUUGGAUUUUCAGUAUUUAAGAGAUGAAUUUGAAACAAUUUAUGAGAAUGUCAUGUUUUGUGUAAGGGAAAUUGAUUAAGUACUAAAUAAAGUUCGCUAACUUUUAA